GCGAUAAUCAUUCUCAUACUAGUGAAGAGUGUUAUUUCCUAUGUGGAUAUAAGCCUAGAUAAGAGAUCGACAGAGAGAGAGAGAGAGAGAGAGAGAGAGAGAGAGAGAGAGAGAGAGAGAGAGACAGAGAGAAAGAGAGAGAGAGAGAGAGAGAGAAAGAGAAAGAGAGAAAGAAAGAGAGAGAAGGGAGUGCGAUUGUGUGUGCAGACCACGAGUGCGGGCGCGCACUGUAUAAAAGUAGAGGAGAGGGAAGGAGGGACGACCUUCGACUUGUCAUCGGCGAAAGACUGUCUCGUGGCACCGAUGGUGCGAAACUUGACAAUGGAUCAAACAUUUUACGAGGACGCUACGAGCGUUUACGGUGUUGUAAAUCGUGAAAAUAAUAAUAUGGGCCAACCGAAACGUAAUUUAACAUUAGAUCUGAACAAUUGUCAGAGACAAGGGCAACAGGCAAAAAGACCUAGAUUAGGUCCUUUACCGACAACAUUGAACAAUGUUGCGCCGAUAUUGAGCUCGCCGGAUUUAAAUAUGUUAAAACUCGGAUCGCCGGAAUUAGAAAAAUUGAUAAUCGAACAACAGGAUGGUAGUGGGGGUAUUGUUUCAUCCUUACCGACUCCAACGGCACAAAUAUUAUUUCCAAAGACGGUUACGGAAGCUCAAGAACUUUAUGCUCGUGGUUUCGUAGAUGCUUUAAAUGAGCUACAUCAUUCGGAUAGUUCCCAAGAACCUGGUAGCUUACACGGAGCUACUUACACGACUUUGGAACCACCCGGUAGCGUACAAAGCGUCGGCACGGAGUCCUCGGUGAGUCAGGGACUAAUGCAAAUAAAGGAUGAACCUCAAACGGUACCUAGCGUUUCAAGCUCGCCGCCUAUGUCACCGAUAGACAUGGAAAAUCAAGAAAGGAUCAAACUCGAAAGGAAGAGGCAACGAAAUCGCGUUGCCGCUUCCAAGUGUCGCAGGCGCAAACUCGAACGUAUUUCCAGGCUGGAGGACAAGGUCAAAGUUCUCAAAGGCGAGAACAGCGAAUUGAGCGCGGUCGUACAUAAACUUAAGGAACACGUUUGCCGGCUUAAGGAACAGGUGAUGGAUCACGUACAAUCUGGCUGUCAAAUUAUGACGGUUUCGGGCCAGUUUUGAAAUGAAAAAAAUUAACGCAAUUUGUUAAAGGUCUCUCCGUCGCGACAGAAAAAAAAAAAAAA